CGCCAACUCACAGCGACAGCAACUUACAGCACAGCACAGCAUAGCAACAUGGCAGCCGCCGUCUCUCAGGAGCCUUCGGGCUUGCAGAAUAUUUCCAAUUUGCUCGAAACUCUUACGACGUGUCUGACCAACACGGGAUCUUCCCUCCCCAAGACGAAACGAGAGGAGCCUUCCGAUGUGUCGAUUGAACCGCCGCAGGAUGGCAUCUCCCUGCUUGACACCAAGUCCGAUCUCCUUCUCUCCUACAUGCAGACCCUCGUCUUCUUGGUUAUCUUCCAACUAAGGGGUCUCAAGUCAUCAACCGAAGACGCCGAUACGAACGAAUCGCUCCCGGAGGAUAUCGUCAAGAAACUCGUCGAACUACGUGUCUACUUGGAUCGUGGUGUGCGCCCCCUGGAAGGACGGCUGAAGUACCAGGUCGACAAGGUCAUCAAGGCGGCCGAGGAUGCCGAGCGGGCCGAGCGAGGUGCAGUCCCCAAGAAGACCCAGGCGGAUAAGAAAACUCGGGACGAGGCGUCCGGCUCUGAGGAUGGUAGCAGCGACAGCGAGGGUGACAGCGAGGAUGAGGAGGAUGAGGAUGAGGAAGACAUCGAUGAGAUGGCAUACCGCCCCAACGUGUCUUCGUUCUCCAAGAAGGUUGAACCCGAGGCCCGCAUGGACAAGGCGACCAGACAAGCACCCAGCGACGGCAUUUACCGACCGCCCAAGAUCAUGCCCACGGCACUACCGACCACCGAGAGCCGGGAGCGGAGGGAGCGCGCGCCACGCCGAUCGAACGUCAUCGAUGAGUUCGUCAGCGCCGAGAUGUCGUCCGCGCCGAUGGCCGAGCCCAGUAUCGGGAGUACAAUUGUGCGCGGUGGGCGACAAACGAAAUCGAAGAAGGAUCGGGAGCGCGAGGCCGAGCGGACGCGAUACGAAGAAACCAACUUUGUGCGUCUGGCGAAGGAGAGCAAGAAGGAUCGGGCCAAGCGUCUGCGGGCCGAGGGACCGAGCAACACCUUUGGCGGAGAGGACUGGCAGGGUCUUACUGAAGGAGCCGAUCGGAUCACAAAGCUCACACGGCGGGCGCGGGGAAGCGGGACGGCGCUGGAUCGGAGUCGGAAGCGCAAGCUGGAUGACGGACAGCGCGGUGAUGGAAUGGGAGUGGGCCAGAUCUUCGAGAAGCGGCGCAAGAAGGUGGACAGCUGGAAGCGGUGAUUCAUUUUCAUUACCUAGUAUGCACGAUACCAGAAAAGUUCAUCUUAUACAGUUCUAUUAUAAACCAAUCAUAUUCCCAGCACGAUAACCCCUGACGGCCCAGUGGGAUGAGUGACGGAGUGGCAGCGUCGCAUCCGGGAUUUCAUCCACCUCCAUGACAUCAUCACCACCAGCCAGUUUCCAUAUCAUCCCCUGCACCGAGCUGU